AUGGACCAAAAAAAGUCAAUUGUGGAUUCUAUUGAGAAAAUGGUGGGUACAACUAGUGAGAUGAAGAAAGUCUAUGAGAGAAAAUUGUCACAGAUGGAGGAUAAAAUCAAGAAAGAGUUUAAGGGUAGAUUGACUCAGAUGGAUAAUAAGUUCCAAAAGGUCAAUGAGAAUUUGGUAUCUUUGGUCACCUAUAGCCACACAGUGGUGAAGAAUUCUGCUAAGAGUAUAAACACCAUGGUAGGAAAGCUUGAAUCCCUUCAUCAGGAGGGUACUACAAUGGAUGUUGAUGCCUUGGACAAAAAAGAAGAAGAAACAAUUGUGCCUUGUAAAAUAUCUAGAGCUAAUUUGAAGAAGAAAUUUGCAAAUAAAGAAAUUCGAAACCAUCCUGAUUUAUACCAUUACGGCGAUGGGCUUGCCAUCUUCCUCGCUCCUUUCGGCUCCGUGCCGCCACUAAACUGUGAAGGCAAAUGGCUUGGUCUUUUUAACCAAUCCACCGAUGGAAAUUCUUCCAAUCAAAUUGUUGCCGUGGAAUUUGACACUUUCGAAGAUGAGCCGUUUGAUCCAGAUAACAACCACGUGGGAAUCAAUGUGAACAGUGUUGUUUCAAAGGCAACUGUAGCCCUGUAUGAUAAAUCGGUAAUCACAAUUGCUAGCGGAAGCGCACUGGACGCAUGGGUCGAUUAUGACGGCUUAGCAAGGAGACUUGAAGUGUUUCUUACGUCGGAAGUGAGAAAACCAGAAACGCCAAUUUUAUCGUAUGACGUAGACCUUACAAAGUUUCUUCCCCAAAAAAUCAAGGUCGGAAUUUCGCCUUCCACUGCAUAUUCAUGGGAUGUUCACGAUGUUGGUUUUUGGGAGUUUUUAAUAUCUCAUGAUUCGCCGGCUCCCAUGAAGACUCCCACGAAAAGGAAUUAUGUUUCAAUAGUAGUCUUCACCUGCUUCAUCACAGUCGCUGGAUUUGCGCUCUUAGUGGGGUUGUGUUAUUUCAGAAAUAAAAGCGGCGAGGAGGAGGACAUUGAGAUGGACAAUUGGAUUAGCGAAGGACCGCGCAAGUUCUCUCAUGCUGAGCUCAGCGCUGCAACUCAAAAUUUUAGCCAAGAAAGAAAGCUUGGAGGGGGAGGCUUCGGCGAUGUUUACAGAGGCAUCUUGCCUGGCGCAAAAGAAUCUGUAGCCGUUACAAGAAUAUUCCAACGCUCCAAACAAGGCAAAAAGGAAUACCUCUCGGAGGUCACGAUUAUCAGAAGCCUGGACAAGUAUAUUUUUGGGGGUACUUGUUUGGAUUGGGAUCGAAGGCAUGUUAUUGCUUGUGACAUCGCAGCAGCUCUUGUCUAUCUUCACGAGGAGUGCAAAGAGCGUGUGGUGCACAGGGACGUGAAGGCCAGUAACAUAAUGUUAGAUUCUGAGUACAGAGCAAAACUUGGAGAUUUUGGGCUGGCAAGCCUGAUUGCAUGUAAUCCUGGAAAUGGUGCAUCGACUGUUUUGGCUGGAACAGUUGGAUAUAUCGCACCAGAAUGUGUGGUAUCCCGGAACCCCAGCACAGAAUGGGACGUGUUUAGCUUUGGAGCAGUAUGUUUGGAAAUCGGCUGCGGGAGGCGGGUAGUUGAUUCCAGCUUAGAGGAGCACGGGUGCAGACUUGUGGAAUGGGUUUGGGAUCUUCAUUCCCAGGGAAAGCUUUUGAGCGCCGCAGAUGAGAGGUUGAAUGGAAAUUUUGAUGGAAAGGAAAUGGAGAGGGUGCUCCAGUUGGGGUUGCUGUGUUCUCAUCCGGAUCACAAAGCGAGACCGAGCAUGAGAAAAGUGGUCAAUAUUUUAGGAUUCGACGCUGAGGUACCCCGUGUUCCGCUCACUUAUCCUGUAACCGUGUGUGUCGCACUCUAG